CAAAGCACAUUGUACUCAUUUUUACAAUCAUGAGUCGAUUAGCAAGCCCAGUCUCGGAAUUCAUAAACAGUACAUGGGAGACAAUCUGUGCAAAGGUGGACCGAGCAGUAGUGUUUGUUGACCGGUCAAGUGCGGAGUGCUUGCAUUGGUCUGGUGGAGUAGUGCGCUUACUGGAUGCGGGUGCGAUUAACAUCAAGGAGCUAUCAUCAUUUGAAAGUGGAGGAAAGCUGCAGGAAAAGGCCGUGUUUAUUGUAGGUCGACUGCUGCGUGAAGUCACUGCACAGGUUAUCUCUGACAUAGUGCAAUCCAGCUCCUUCAAGUGUUGCAUCGUAAUUACCCUUGCUUCUGCACAGUGGCAUGAAAAGUAUGGUGUCCAGACGCAGGAGACAUCUUUUUAUGAUAAAUUUGAGGAGAAUCUUCUAGAAUGGAUGGGGAACAUGAAUUAUACUGCUGAGGUCAUAUAUUGCCCAGUGUUCUGUGCAAGUAUUACGCCGCAAUUGUUUGUCACACCACCCUUCUCUGAGUUUUUCCCACUUUUGCCUGAAGAUGUCAGCACUAUGCAGUCUAGUGAAGGCAUGCCAUCUGGAAAGAAACCAAAUCUAAAGGAGUUUGAUAUUACCCAUCUUCACCACAACCUACAGGCUAAAAUACAGUUAUUUGUUGAAUGCUUCGACAAAUUGUUUGAAGAUCUUGCAAUACGUGAUGACUGCUAUAGCAUCGGUAGCACUAGUUCCCUCAUAGCAACAGAGCUAGCUGCAACUCCAUCGGCCAGAAAUAGGAAGAAGAUUGCGCAGAAAAGAGCAUCAAUCCUGUUCGUAGAUCGCACACUGGAUUUGGCCGGCUGUGCUGGUCACCACGGCGAUACUAUGCUGGAUCGUAUUCUGCAGAUGUUGCCACGGUUACCAGGUCAUGACAAUGAUGUUAUGGUUGAUAUGUUGCCCAUGCUUUAUACAGACAAGGUGGUAAAGCAUUGCAGGUUAGUGCCCGGUUCUCUGGCCCAUCCCAAUUCUCCCGUUACCACUGCCAUGAUGAGCAACCUGGUUGGUUGCAAACAAAAGGAGGCACUGAUGGAUCUAAAUAGACAACUAGUGGACGUGCUGCAAAGAGAGAAACUGCCGUUGCAGCUGAAAAUGGGUCGCAUCUCUGCAGAUCUACUUCAGGGGCAUCUGUGCAAGUUUAGGGGCAAUCAGCUUGCUAUUCAGCGUCACAGCGGCUUGCUUCAGGUAGCACUGGGAGCAGUACAGGCAUUGACUGAGCCAAAGAGUAGUAAGAUGGAGGAACUUCUCAGUAUAGAGAAACUAUUGAUGCAGAAUAUGGCUGACAGUGAAGGAAUUCAACCGCUAAAACAAAUGUCACGCCUGAUUACAGACAGAAAAGCCAGAAAGCUGUCUAUGGAGGACAUUGUUGUACUGUUAGUGUUUCUGUAUUCACUGAGUGAUGAAGGAUGUUUGGCAAACACAGAGGAUGAAAAGGAACUGAUUCCUCUGCUCUCUGAUGCCGUCUCGGAGGAUUAUGAUUCGUUGCCAACUUACCUGCAGGAGUUUGUUGGUGGUACCCGUGGUGGUAUAUCAGUGCUGGCUGCAAUGCAGGGCUUGUUUCAUAAGCUGGACAGCCUUCAAUCAGCUCGAAAGGGUCUAAAGCAGUACAGGUCUAUAUAUAACUCUGGUGAUGGUAUGCAGCCAGCAACCUACAGGCCAUUAAUCAAGCAAGUCCUGCUAGACAUCUUCAGUUCAGAUAAGCCAGAGCUGGUAGACGUUGAAUGCAAAUCUACAGGAAUACGCGAUUUAAUCAAGACAGGGUUUAGCUUAUUCAUGAACGUGAGCAAACCUAGACCGACGGACGCCCCCUUGUUGAUUGUGUUCAUUGUUGGAGGUGUGGCACCGUGUGAGGUGAAACUGAUUAAAGACAUUGUUGAUUCCUGCAAAAGUGGCAUACAGGUACAUUUGUUUAAUCAACUCACCCCGUUGCUUAUUCCAGAUGUUCCUAUGGCAAUUUACCAUGAAUAUAAUCAGGAGUCUAUCAAUAGGAGUAAGACAGAUUCAAAAGAUGGUCUAGGUGGAUGUAUCUUACAAGAGGAUCAUCCGAUCGCGUAUGCGUCACGCGCAUUAACCACGACACAGAAGAAUGGCUACUCGCAACUAGAGAAAGAACUCUUGGCUAUCGUAUUCGGUUGCAAACGAUUCCACGACUACGUAUACGGCAAGACAGUUCUAGUCGAAACAGAUCACAAGCCUUUAGUGUCAAUCUUCCAGAAAAAUCUCUGUCAACUCACACCGAGGGUCCAGAAAAUGAUAUUACAUCUACAACGCUACGACCUGAAAGUCACAUAUAAGCCAGGAAAAGAGUUACUCAUAGCUGAUACACUCUCUAGAGCUUACCUGAACGAACACGAUGAUUCACUAUAUGAUGAACUACUUGAUGUGAACACUAUCAGCUCACUCCCGAUGUCACAGGCGAAACUAGAACAGUUUCAGACAGCAACUCGUCAAAGUGCUAGUCUUCAGGCCCUGCGCGACAUCGUGUUAAAUGGAUGGCCAGAAUCAAAGAAUGAAUGUCCGGCAUCAGUGAAGCCAUAUUGGAGUUUCCGAGAUGAAAUCGCGUACCACGAUCAGCUGCUUUUCAAAAGUGACCGAGUAAUCGUGCCCGAAACGCUCCGAGCUGAAACUCUGAAGAAAAUACACGAGUCGCAUCAAGGCAUCGUGAGAAGCAAGCAAAGAGCCAGAGAUGUACUGUUUUGGCCUGGCAUGAGUCAACAGAUUCAAGAGACUGUAGAGAAAUGUACUGUAUGUGCCAAAUACAAAACGGACAACGCAAAAGAACCGUUAAUGCCGCACACAGUACCCGAUCGUCCGUGGUCAAAAGUAGGCGUCGACCUAUUUACAUGUAAUGGAGACGAUUAUAUAGUUGUUGUUGACUAUUACUCAAAGUUCUCUGAAGUGAUGCAACUGAGAGAUCAAACCAGUACAACAGUUAUCAACAAACUGAAAUCGGUUUUCGCAAGACAUGGCAUACCAGACACGCUAAUGUCGGAUAAUGGUCCGCAGCUGACAUCAUCAGAAUUUCUGAAAUUUGCAGCAACGUGGGACUUUCGCCAUAUCACAUCAAGUCCUCGAUUUCCACAAUCGAACGGACAAGCGGAGAAUGCAGUGAAAACCAUGAAAACGAUGAUCAAGAAAUGUCGCGAGGAAGGUAACGAUCCAUAUUUGGCAUUGCUGGAUUUGAGAAACACGCCAGUAGACAAUAUUGGUAAAUCGCCUGCACAGCUCCUCAUGAGUCGCCGGUUGAGAGCAACACUGCCUACGUCGCAUAAGUUGUUAUAUCCACACGCAGAAGACACGUCGGAUGUAGUAGCUAAACACAUCGCGCGUCAACAUGUUCAGAAGGAUUAUUUCGACCGACAUGCAGGAAAGUCACUAUUUACGUCACAACCAGGUGAUCGUGUACGGGUACAGGUGAAUGAGCACACCUGGCAACCAGCAACCGUCAAGGACCGAAGCGACAAGCCACGAUCGUAUGUUGUCGAAACCACAACAGGUAGAAAAUACAGAAGAAAUCGAAUAAAUAUUCGACCGUCAAAAGAAGCAGAAAAGCAGUUUGAACCAAAGAACAGAGCUGCUUAUGUACGGUAUGAACCCAACCGAGAUGAACCGAUUGUGCCAGACAUAGUCGAACAACCACCGUCAGAUGAGCCGCCACCGGAAGCUGGUGAAACAGUUACAAGAAGUGGUCGUGUGGUUCACAAACCAUUAAGAUAUAGAACAUAA